GCGCAGCGGGGGUGCCGGCAGCCGCGCCGCCCCUGCGGCUCAGCGCGGCGGAGCUGAGCGCUGGCUAUGGCGACCGCUGGGCAGAGGUCCGCGGGUCCCUCGCAGUGCCCCCGCCCAUGACGCUGCGGGUGAGCACGGCGAAGGUGACGCGGAAGGAGCUCGCCAGGCAGCUCUUGGGGCGUGGCGUCCGGACGAGGCCCCACGAGUCACUGGAGGACGUCCUCGUGGCUGAGCCGCGCCCGGCGUCCGACGUGGUCCCGCGCGAGGGGGAGCCCGAGGUGGUGCUCGACCGGCGGUGCGGGGAGGCCGUGCUCAAGGGAGCUCACGUCUUCACGCCCGGCGUCCUCACUUGCACCCGGGGAGUGCGGCCGGGGGACUCCGUGUGCGUCACCUCCGACGUCGACGGCCUCGACAACGAGGGCAUCCCGCUGGAGCGGCGCCGCGGCCGCCGGGUGCUGAUCGGCCGCGGGGUGGCGAGGGCGACGCAGAAGCAGAUGAUGGUGCGCCCCGGGAGGGGCGUGGCAGUGGAGAUGACGGAGCUGGUCGUCGAUGCCCCGCCAGCGCUGAACCACCUGCAGGAGGACGGCCUUUGCUACGCGCAGGGGCUGGCGUCCAUGGGCGCCGCCCGCGUGCUGGACUGCUCCCGCCACCGUGCCGUGGUGGACCUGUGCGCUGCUCCUGGCGGGAAGGCCUCGCACGUCGCCACGCGGCUGCUCACCGAGGCGGAGCAGCCCGAGGGCUGCGUCGUGGUCGCCUGCGACAGGAAGCGGGGCCGGCUCCAGAAGGUGCGGGACCUGGCGAGGUCGUGGGGCCUCGAGGGGGUGAUGCGCUUCGUGCGGGGCGACUCCGCCAGCCUGCCGCGGCCCGACGGGCUCUCGCCGGCCGAGGCGGCCGCGGGCGGCGGCGCCUGGGGCGCCGUGGGCGCGCGGGGCCUGCGCGCUGGGAGCUGGGACGCCGUGCUGGUGGACCCUUCCUGCUCGGCGCUCGGCAUGCGGCCCCGGCUCGGCGCCCACGCGGAGAUCACCCCCGAGAGUAUGAGGACCUUGGACCCUGUUGCUGAACCAGCGCCGGCUCCUGUCGGCCGGGGCCGCGCUGCUGCGCCCCGGGGGCCUGCUCGUGUACUCCACGUGCACGGUGACGGUGCAGGAGAACGAGGGCAUGGUCGCGUGGGCGCUGCGGGAGCUCGGGCUCCGCCUGCGGGACGCCGCCGGCGCCGUCGGCGGCCCGGCCUGGCCCGGGCACGGGCUGGACGCCGCAGGCCUGCGCCUGUGCAGGCGGGCCUACCCAGCCGGGCCCACGGCAGGGUUCUUCACGGCCGCGCUGGAGAG